AUGAUUGCUACUACUCUCCUCGUUGCCUCUCUUGCCGUUGCUGGAAGCAUUGCUGCUCCAGCUGCCCCUCACAAGAUCUCUAUUUCUCCUAUGCAUGGAAAGCAUCACUUUGCUACUGCUGGUGAUACCAUCACCUACAAUAUGGGUGCACCUCUCCUCACUGGUCCCUUGAAUGUUUACUUCAUUUACUACGGCACAUGGUCUGCUGAGCAGAAACAGAUUGUCAAGGAUUUCACUUCUGGUCUCGGCACUUCAGACUGGUGGACUACUGAGAAGAAGUACUACUAUCAGCAAUCCUCUUCGUCUUCCAAGGUUUAUAUCGAUGGACAGGUCAACUAUGCCGGAUCCGUUGAUGACAACUACUCUGUUGGCAAAUCCCUCUCUGGAACUGCCAUUCCUGAUCUCGUUUCCAAGUACAUCUCUGCCGGUACUUUCCCCGAGGACACCAACGCUGUUUACUAUAUGUUGAUUGCUGACGAUGUUACUGAAAACGCACUCGGUUCAUCCUUCUGCAGCGGAUACUGUGGUUACCACACUUCCGCCAACGAUGCCAAUGGCAAGGAGAUUUACUAUGCUCUUUCUGGCCGACCCAACUCCAGCUGCAUCAGUGGAUGUGCCCCACCUACCAAUGUCGACUUUUCUCCCAACAGCGAUGUUCCUACCGAUGCCAUGCUUUCUGUGAUGGCUCACGAACUUGCCGAAGCAGCAUCUGAUCCUUCCAACAACCGCGCCUGGAACGAUGCAUCUGGAGCCGAAAACGGUGACAUGUGUGCCUACACUUAUGGUGCUACCAAGGGUGAGUCCAAUGGUUCGUCUUCCAACUGUGGAUGGAAUGGACGUAACUUCAUGAUCCAGCAAAACUGGGAUCCCGAAACUCAGUCCUGCACCAUGGGAUCUGGCGGCUCUGGCCCCAACCCUAACCCUAACCCCAACCCUUCGCCAGCUACCACUGAUGUUCCUCCAGCUACCACUGACGUUCCUCCAGCUACCACCACUAGUGCCCCCCAGGUCACUGGUAGCUGCGAUCCCACCAAUUUCUGCUGUAUCUACUAUGGUUAUGAUUGCUAA